GGCACCUCCCCGCUCCUCCAUAGAUCUGGUUGCCCCCCUUGUACUAACCUAACACCAUGCACUUCUUCUGCACCUCCUGGCUGCUGUAGUUCCUGAGAUUGUGUUCCCCCUCUCCUUUUCCCAACGAUCUGGACUUCAGACCCCCUCCUCGCGUCAUGUCCCGACGCCUGAAGCCGGUUCCGCUGCAGGACCGUGUGCUUCUUUUUUAACUGGAUCUACUUUUCUUUUCUUUUUUUUUUGGAGGGCAUGCUCUGCCCGUCUCUUGAGAACACUUGCCAAGAGAAGAAAAGUAAGAAGAAGAGGAGGGUAGAAGAAGAAGAAGAAGCGGCAACAGCGACACACGAAGAAGAAGAGAUAAUCUUCAGAGAGAGUAAAACUUCCUUGUAGAUGUUCGAUCAAACCACGACUAUGGGCGAUGGGAGCCACCGCUGUGGACCCAACCCGCUGUGUCCGGACCGGAUGGAGACAAAGUGCCGCGCCGAGAUAGGGAGCAGGUCCCCGGUUCAGAGCUCCACCGACACCCCGGGGACGUCAGCGUCCACGCCGACGUCCUCCAGCGAGGACGGACACGACAAACUGUUGGGAGUGGACCCUGACUACUGCCGGAGGAUACUAGUGAGAGACGCCAAAGGCACCAUCCGGGAGAUCGUCCUGCCAAAGGGCCUCGACUUGGACCGGCCAAAGCGCACGCGGACCUCCUUCACUGCCGAACAGCUGUAUCGGCUCGAGCUCGAGUUCCAGCGGUGCCAGUAUGUGGUGGGCCGCGAGCGUACAGAGCUCGCGAGGCAGCUGAACCUCUCCGAGACACAGGUUAAAGUUUGGUUCCAAAACCGGCGGACCAAGCAGAAAAAAGACACCACCAAGGACUCCGACAAACGCUCCUCCACCUCCAACGAGUCCUUGGCCACCUGCAACAUCCUGCGCCUCUUGGAGCAGGGCCGCCUCCUGUCGGGCCCUGUCCCUCCCAACUCUCUCCUCGGGCCUCCUCCACAUCCGGCUAACGGCUCCCUGCUGAGCAGCCCUGGCGGAGGCUCCUCCACCUCUCCUGGGAUCAGCAGCAGCACUCCUCCAAACUCCCUAUCCGGAGGCUUCGGGCUGUCCCUGUCCUCGCUGGGCGGCGCUCCACCCUCUCCGCGGCUUGGCGUCCCACCGCCGCACUCACUUUGCUUCUCCAUGCCACUGCUGGGGGGCGCUCAUCACGAACUCACCUCCGCCUACGGGUGCGGAUCUUCAGCUUUUGAGCCUUACAUGCGGCUGGACAGGAAGGAGACGGAUCUGGGAGGGAAGAAGACGGUUUCUUAAGUUGUCGUCCCUCCUUUAGGACACAGUGGUGCUGGGACUUAAAAGACAACUCCUUAGCUGCCUUUUUGACACCUGACAGGCAACACUCAGGGGGAAGAAACCCUGCUGGAUCACAAGAAAUCCUAAAAAAGGAAAGUUGCUUUCCUUGCGGCACCAUUGUGUGCCACAGCACUGACACAAAAUAAGAGAAAAUGACUCGAUGUGACGGACUUUGCCACAUGAAAAAGAAACAAUACUUGUGAAUUUUUUUGCAGAAAUGCAGUGAGUGUACGUGUGUGACCCCUGACAGACAGAUGUUUUGAUCUCCACUCUCUUCGCAGUGGUUUUAAGUGACUCUUCACUUUGUGUCCAGUGAGUUUGUGUGUGUGUGUGUGUGUGUGGUGUUUGUCUCUAUACAGGCCUUCAUUUACUGUUCAGGAAAAAAAUAAUAAUACUUGACAUGAGAAGU